AUGGCGGACGUUGAGAUGGUAGAUGCCCCCACGGCGUCCAAAUCGAAGGCUGCAGCUUCAACAAAAGCCUCUAAAUCGGGCGCUUCUGAGGGAAGUUUAGAUGCGAAGAAAAGAUUCGAAGUAAAAAAGUGGAACGCUGUUGCGCUCUGGGCGUGGGACAUUGUUGUAGACAACUGUGCUAUUUGCCGGAAUCAUAUCAUGGACCUGUGUAUCGAAUGCCAGGCAAAUCAAGGCUCCGCCACUGCAGAAGAAUGCACCGUUGCCUGGGGAAUUUCAUGCCUUCCACUUCCACUGCAUCUCAAGGUGGCUGAGAACCCGGCAAGUUUGUCCUUUAGACAACAGAGACUGGGAGUUCCAAAAGUAUGGUCGAUAAAUAUUCGAUCAAAUUCACGCUUUCUUAGAGUUUUCCACGGUACUGGCGGAUUCAUAACGUACAAGAUGCGUUUAUGGCUGCUCAAUGACGGUCUCCUUAUAUGUUUUGCGGGGUGUUACGGCGACAACGGUCAAUAUGACAGUAAUGAUAAAUACUUUGCCCUUACGUACUUUCCAUGUAGCUUUAAAGAGAUUAACUGUCAGUCCUUCCGAUAA